AUGUUCUUAUGUGCGGUGACUAGACCUAGGUUUGACAAUGAAGAAAAUGAGACAUACUCGGGAAAGAUUGGUAUAUUUCCAUUUGUGUAUGAACAACCUGCAAGAAGGAGUAGUGUCAACAGAGUUGCAGGAACAAUAGAAACAAAGCCCAUAGCUUCUGUUACAAGAGAGGUGAAUAAGGCAUACUUGAUAAAUAAAGUUCUAACUGCCAUUGAGAAUAUGUGGCCAAGAGAAGAUGUAGGAAAGACAACUUUUAUUCAGCAAGAUAACGCAAGGUCUCAUAUUAGUAAAGAUGAUCCAGAUUUUUGUCGUGCAGCAAGUGAAAGUGAGUUUGAUAUUCAAUUGACAUGUCAACCCCCAAAUUCACCUGAUUUGAAUUUUUUGGACUUAAGAUUUUUCAAUGCCAUUCAGUCUUUACAACAAAAGGAACCAGUAAAGUCAAUUGAUGAGCUUACUGGUGCAGUUCAAAAAGCAUUUGAUGAAUUUUCUACUAUGCAUUCCAACAAAAAUUUUAGUACUCUUUAA